AUGACAGGGAUGAAUGUUGAUGAUAAGGGUAGAAUGAAGGCUCUCCUACUGUACUAUGCAGGGGAACAUGUACACGAUACGUUUGAAACGUUGACAUUGAUUGCGGCAGAGGCAGAUGAUGUGUACAAGGAGCCGCGUAAAAACACUGACAAACAUGAACAGGAGUUUCGGAAGAUUGAACAGUUGCCAGGGGAGACAAUCGACGCGUUCCACACGAGGCUACUACAGAAGGCAAACUUCUGUGACUUCCAUGACAAGGAUAAGGAGGUCCGACUUCAACUUGUCAGUGGUACCACGUCGCGUCACGUUCAGUAUAAGGGCAACAAAAUCUCGCGUGACAAACUGCCGCUCGCUGGUUUGUUAGAAGAAGCCAGGGCCCAUGAACUUGCCAAUGCAGAGUCGGAUAAUCUCGUGCGUAAGGAAGUAUCGUACGUAAAGCCACACAGUCAGCACACUCAGAAAUCGCGCACGAGAACUCCGCUGCAAAACUCCGCCAAGAAGACACAGUCGGCGAGACAAUGCUGGUUCUGCGGAGGCGAAUAUCCCCAUUCAUCAACAUGUCCCGCUCGCGAUAAAACCUGUUCCAGUUGUGGUAAAGUCGGACAUUUUGCGAAAGUGUGCCACUCCAAGGAACAAUCAAAUUCAAAGCCAUCACCCAAGCCCAAGUUUAGGGGUUUCGGGAAGAAAUUCCCCACAAAGAAAGUGUCGCACAUACAAGAACAUAGCUCAGAUGACGAAAUCUACUCGCUAAAAGAAAAUGAUGGACGUCCGCCGCACACCGAGAUCACCCUGGGUGAUAGUCAGAAGAUCACCAUGGUGAUAGAUUCAGGAUGUCCCAGGAAUAUCAUUAGUGAAAAAACUUUGUCAGGUUUUGACAAGAUGCCAUGUCUGAAGCCUAGUGAUGUCAAACUGUACCCAUAUAUGUCCAAUGAACCUUUGCCCAUACAGAAGAAGUUCAAAAGUCGAAUGUCGUGUGGCCCGACUCAGCAAUGCUGUUGA